AUGGAAGGCCAUACUGCUCAGCAGAUUUUCGACAGCCUCGUACAGUACACCAGUGAGAAGGGUAUCAAUCUUGCCGAUUGCCGUGGACAGAGUUACGACAACGCGUCCAACAUGAGCGGGAAAUAUAAUGGAGUACAGGCACUUGUCAAAGAAAAAUUUGGUGCUGCUGCAGAAUAUGUUCCAUGCUAUGCUCAUUCUUUGAAUUUAGUUGGUGUAAGCGCUGCACAAGCGUGUCCAGAAGUAGUUCAGUUCUUUGACUUUGUUGAAAAUAUCUAUGUAUUCUUUGCUGCUUCAACACACCGGUGGUCCAUUCUGGAGCGUGCAGGUGGUGGAGUGCUAAAGAGGCUCUCUGCAACACGGUGGUCCGCAAGAGCUGAUGCCAUUAAGGUUAUUAAAGAGUGUUUUCCUUUUAUAAAGGAGGCACUGGAGAAACUUGCGAAUGACCAAGAGCAAAAGGCAGAAUGUCGACAGCAGGCAAAUGGACUCCUCGAGAAAAUGGAGUUGUUGGAAACUGGAAUCUUAGUGGUUGUUUGGAAUAGCUUACUGGAGCGCUUCCAGGCAACUCAAGCCUCUCUUCAAGCAAAGCAGCAAGAUCUCAACAUUGCUUCAGCAUUGUGUGCCUCUUUGGCAGGAUCUCUACAGAAUUUCAGAGAACAAUUCGAUACGUUUGAGUCAGAGGCGCAGAACCUGACUCAAGUGCAGGAUUACCGACCAACAAGAACAAGAAGAAUUGCUCGAAAUCGAAGGCGCGAUGAGGAU